AACGACAAAGUGGCGCCGUUACGAUCGAAGUUUGCGCAGCUUUUCGCCGUUGUGAAUAUCCUUCGAGAUGAAUCUAGAGAUAAAGAACAGUCUUCACGAACGUUACGAGGGAACCGCGGAGGAGGUGCAUCUUCGUCAGUGAGCAAAGGCAAUCGUCAUAAGGAUGAAGAUAAAGAUGAGGAUCAUUUGCCAAAGAAGAAACCACGUCGUGUGAUCACAAUCGGCUCGUCGUCGUCAUCUUCAUCGGAAGAUAGCAGAUGGUCGAUGUUGAAUUGGCAGGCCCUAGUUGCCACACGGCUGCCACCUCCUGGCCCAAUCACACGCAGAACUCGCACUCGCUCACUCGCCCAUACUGCGUUGAACUCCCGUCACAGCCUCCUCGCUUUUCUCGAUCGCAUUGCUUGCUCUCCCUCUUCUCAUCUCUCUUACCUCGAUCUCGGCUGCAUUGCUUUGCCUUACUCGUACAUGCUGAAGCGACUCGAGUACCAAAAACGGAUAGCUUUUUAUGGAGGCGCUCCUGCAUGA